CAAAAGUUUGAGCCCGCGCCAAGCAUCUGAAGGUUGACCGGAAGGGUGAGUCCGGUCGCGCCGUAGUGACGCCUGGAAGCCUCCCCUGCGUCGUAUUAAGGUAAUAACUGCGCUGUCCAUAGUGCUGCUAUUUGGAGGAAACGAAUACUAACAGUUUAAAUAGACACAAGCUCAAGGAUGUUCGGAGCAACUGCAGGAACGACGCAACCCGCAGCUGGAGGUUUUAACUUCGGUGGAACAGCAGCGGCAGCAGCUCCUGCCGCCUCUGGCGGCUUCAGCUUUGGUGCAACUUCGGCAGCUCCAGCGGCUGCACCUGCAACAGGAGGAUUCAAUUUCGGAGGAGCAGCAGCGUCUACAGCUCCAGCAACAGGCUCAACAGGCUUCAGCUUCGGUGCCACACCGGCGACGAGCACAGCAGCUCCUGCUUCCAGUGGCUUCAGCUUUGGCGCUACACCCGCAGCACCUGCUGCCAGUACUGGAUUCAGUUUUGGCAGUACUAGCACAGCUCCGACUGCUAGCAGCGGCUUCAGCUUCGGCGGGACGUCUACUGCACCUGCUGCGAGUGGCUUUAGCUUUGGUGGCACUAGUACAGCCCCAGCAGCUAGCACAGGCUUCAGCUUCGGCGGUGCUGCUCCAGCUACCAACACGACGUCGUCUUUCGGAUUCGGUGGCGCUACAGCUGCGAAGCCUUCUCUAUUCGGUCAGAAUCCUGCGACUAGCACAGCGACGACAGGCUUUGGCUUUGGAGCUAAGCCAACAACUACAGGUACAGGCUUUGGAUUCGGUACAGGCGCUAGCACAGGAACCAGCGGCUUUGGAACGCCUGGAGCUCCGUCUACGUUUGGUGCUGCUCCUGCUGCGCCGACUGCGCCAGCCCCAAUCAUCCUGGGCGCAGACGCUUCAGUUGCUCAGCUUAACACCGUUAAGACCGCGUAUCAGGACCCAGCGCAGUCGCGGUUCAAGUUCCUCAUGUACAACACUGUGGACCCGACUCAGCGACACCUGUACACUCGACCAGCACACAUUAGCGAGCGUCUGUGGAACCAAGCCGAGCUGGACAACCCAGACCCGCUGAACUGCGCUCCUGUCCCCAUCUUGGGCUUUGACAACCUGCUGAAACGUAUCAAGGCGCAACAGGAACACGCUGAGAAGUACAACAAGUACACGGACGACUUACGAGCGCAACUUAAGGAGAUGGACAAACACACGCGCGCGACAGAGGAGAAGCUGGAGAAAUGUCGUCACGAACACGUGCAGCUCUUCCACGCACUCGUAAAGGUCAUGAGGGACAUUGAACUGCUGCAGAACUACGGCAAACCACUGCAACGCGAAGAGAUGCAGCUAGCGAUGAUGUUAAAGAAGCUGCAGACGUUGCUGGACUCGCCUGGUCAGUACAAGGCCCGACUAAAUGACGCUGUGUCACUACAACGCGUCCAGAAGGAGACACAGCCUCCUCCAUCCAGUCUACUCAGUCCGCAGGACUUGCAGCGACUCUAUGAGUUUAUGGACAAGCAACGACAGGGGCUGGAACACCUCACCAACAUGAUUAACGACGACCUGGCGGACAUUCAGCUCAUCAAAGAAACCUGGCGACGAUAGACGGACAGCUUGAGUGCAGUAGCAACCGCCUAAUAGCUGUAGGAAAGCACAGACUGCAUGCAUGUUCGCAAAAGUUACCAAAUUGUGUGUCUUUUAUUUGGAGUCGCUCUAGACAGACCA